AUGGAAGUGGAGAAACUUCGAGCAACCCUGGAAGAAAUUCAAGGGCAACUGGUAUCAACAGAAGAAACAAAAGGCUGGUUGGAAAGAAGACUUGAUGAAGCUGAGGUUAAUUUGAACACAAGCAAGCAGGAGUUUGAGCAGACCCUGACCAAAGUCAAAGAAUUAAGCCACAAAGAAAAGGAUGACAUGUUGAGUCAAUUUCAGAAAGAGAUUGAGGAAUACAAGCAGAAAGAAACUAAACAGCAAAAUGAAAUAAGGCAACUGAAUGAAAAUAUAGAGAAAUUGCAACAGGAAAUCAAGGAUGGAAUUGAUGAAAAAAAGAUUCAUGAAAAGAAGGGCCUGACAAUGUUGAAAGACUUGAAAAGACAGCUUCAUGCAGAACGAAAAAGGGCUGAGAAAUUACAAGAAAGGCUCCAAGAAGUACUUUCUGACCCCAAAAGCAGACACGGUGUUGAUGAAUUAUUCAAGCCUGUUGAUGCUAGCGAUCGGGCAGAGAGUAGUUCUGUUUCUUCAUGGAGUGCCGGUGCUAGUGGAAUUGGCACAAAAGAUUCACCUCAGUCACCGAAUCGUGCAGGAAGUCCUCCAAGUGAUUUUGAGUCUGAACACGAUGAUUUAUUGAAUCGUCUUGCUACUUCUCAGCAACAGAAGUGGACACUGGAAGAGAAGGUGCAACAUUUGGAGGAAAGUAAUGCAGCCAUGUGUGAAGAUCUCCUGCAAAAGACGGCUAUUAUUGAAUAUUAUGUUAUGGAUGGGCGAUCAGAUAAUCUACUCUCCAAUCCCUCUUUAUGUUGCACGCUCUUUUUGUCUCUCUUUGUCCCUGCCUGUCUCUCUUGUUCCUCUCUCUUUUUUGUCUCUCUUUGUCCCUCUCUCUUUUUGUCUCUCUUUGUCCCCCCUCUCUUUUUGUCUCUCUUUGUCCCCCUCUCUUUUUGUCUCUCUUUGUCCCCCUCUCUUUUGUCUCUCUUUGUCCCCCCUCUCUCUUUGUCUCUCUUUGUCCCCCCUCUCUUUUUGUCUCUCUUUGUCCCCCUCUCUUUUUGUCUCUCUUUGUCCCCCUCUCUUUUGUCUCUCUUUGUCCCCCUCUCUUUUUUGUCUCUCUUUGUCCCCCCCUCUUUUUGUCUCUCUGUCCCCCCCUCUCUUUUUGUCUCUUUGUCCCCCUCUCUCUUUUUGUCUCUCUUUGUCCCCCUCUCUCUUUUUGUCUCUUUUUGUCCCCCUCUCUUUUGUCUCUCUUUGUCCCCUCUCUCUUUUGUCUCUUUGUCCCCCCUCUCUUUUUGUUUCUCUUGUCCCCCCUCUUUUUUGUUUCUCUUUGUCCCCCCUCUCUUUUGUCUCUUUUGUCCUUCUCUCUCUCUGUCUCUUUUGUCCCCCUCUCUCUCUUUUUGUCUCUCUUUGUCCCCCUCUUUCUCUUUUGUCUCUUUGUCUCCCCCUCUCUCUUUUUGUCUCUCUUUGUCCCCCUCUCUCUCUCUUUUUUGUCUCUUUUUGUCCCCUCUCUCUCUCUCUUUGUCUCCCUCUCUCGCUUUUUGUCUCUCUUUGUCCCCUCUCUCUUGCUUUUGUCUCUUUUGUCCCCCCUCUCUCUUCUUUUGUCUCUCUUUGUCCCCCCUCUCUCUCUUUUUUUGUCUCUUUGUCCCUCUCUCUCUCUUUUUUUGUCUCUUUGUCCCUCUCUCUUUUGUCUUUUGUCCCUCUUUGUCCCUCUCUCUCUCUCUCUUUUGUCUCUCUUUGUCCCUCUCUCUCUUUUUUGUCUCUUUGUCCCUCUCUCUCUUUUGUCUCUCUUUGUCCCUCUCUCUCUUUUUGUCUCUCUUUGUCCCUCUCUCUCUCUUUUUGUCUCUCUUUGUCCCUCUCUCUCUCUCUCUCUUUUUGUCUCUCUUUGUCCCUCUCUCUCUCUUUUUGUCUCUCUUUGUCCCUCUCUCUCUCUUUUUGUCUCUCUUUGUCCCUCUCUCUCUCUUUCUGUUUACCUCUUGGACACUCAUCACAGACUGGGUUUAA